AUGACGGAUGGCAUUCUCCUUCGUGAGAUUCAGGCGGACCCGGAGCUUUCACACUAUCGCUGUUUGCUGCUUGACGAGGCUCACGAGCGAACGCUUCACGGCGACGUACUUUUUGGCCUUUUAAAGGACAUCGUUAGGAAGAGGAAAAAACCCUUGAAUAUUGUUGUCAUGUCAGCCACACUGAACGCAGAGCACUUCUCUAAGUUUUGGUGGAAUGCCCCCAUCGGUGUCGUUCAUGGUCGGUCAUACCCUGUCACUAUUUUCCACACGGUGGAGCCCCAAGCAGACUACGUUGAGGCCGCCGUGAGCACAAUUCUGCAAAUUCACGAAAAGGAAGAAGCUGGGGAUGUGUUGUGUUUUCUAACUGGGCAAGAAGAAAUUGAGGAUGCCAAGCGUAUCCUGGAACGACGAAUGAAGCUGAUGCCGAGCACCCUUCAAGACCUUGUGGUACUGACGCUUUAUUCUGCUAUGCCCUACGAACAACAACUACGUGUCUUUGAGCCGCCGCUACCGGGCAAACGCAGGGUAAUUGUGGCAACAAACAUUGCAGAGACGUCCAUUACUGUGGAGGGUAUUAAGUACGUCGUGGACAGUGGGGUAGUGAAGGCAAAGUACUUCAGCAGCAAAACUGGGAUGGAGUUGCUGUCUGAAGUAGACGUUAGUAAAGCUCAAGCGACACAGCGUACAGGACGAGCCGGACGUAUGACGGCUGGCAAGUGCUUCCGUCUCUACACCGCGCAGGCGUUUGAGUCGUUGGCGGAAAAUACCGUGCCUGAGAUUCAACGGAGCUCACUCAUCAGUGUCGUACUGCAAAUGAAGAGCCUCCGAAUCGACCGCAUUAUGGACUUUGAAUUUAUGGAUGCCCCAGACCCCAAGGCCGUGGUGAAAGCAGAAGAGACCUUGAUGCUUCUUGGUGCAUUGGAUCGUCACGGUCACAUCACUCGUCUUGGACAACGCCUGGUUGAUUUUCCCAUUGAGCCCAUAGCUGCCAUAGUGUUAUUGGCAGGGAAAGCUUUGGGCAUCGAGCGCGACGCCACAAUUGCUGUUGCCAUGACAUGCACGGAGAAUCUUUUUGUUACCUCUCGUGAGGCGAAGGAUGGAGCUGAUCGAUGCAAGGCUGCCUUUGCCAGGUCCGCAGGUGAUCAUGCGACGCUGCUUAGCAUCUAUUACGCCUACAAGCGUGUCCCAAAGGAGCAACGAAAGAUGUGGUGUGAGUCAAACGCGCUUAAUCAGAAUCAGAUGCUAAAGGCGGAGGAUGUCAUGACACAACUAGCGGCGAUUCUUAAUGAACACAGUGAUGAGGUACUGCUGUCAACAUUUCUGCGGAGACUCCCACGUGCGGAGGAUAAGGAUACCGCUUUCCAGCGCAAGCGUACCCGUGACAGUGUUAAUGCUGUGGUAAAGGAAGAUGAGGAAUCCCAACAUAUGAAUGGACAGGCAUUAAAUACGGUGAAGUUACGCGAUUUUGAGCUUCUUCGACGAGCGCUCUGCUACGGGCUUUCGCUUAAUGCCGCUUUUUUUAACGCGAAGAUUGGCAACUAUCAGACGGUGAUGGGCCAGCAAGUGGUGCAUCUGCAUCCAUCAUCAGUCCUUUUUGCUCAGCGCAAAAAGCCUGCACUGGUGGUUUUUAACAGCGUGGUGCGCACAACGAGGCAGUACAUAAAAGAUGUUUCUGUGGUGCAGGAGGAGUGGCUUCGCGACGCAGCCUCUUUUUUGAGGCCUGUACAGUGA